AUGACGAAUGGCCAAAGAGAAAAUCUUCCUCUGGAGGUCUUCCUCAUACAGAAAGCUGCAGGAGGAAAUCACUGUGGUGGGAGCGCUGCUGCCAUUUCCCUCCUGGACUGGUACAUCAAAGAGGAGGAGCUCAUCCUGAUUCUGGAGAGACCAUCUCCUUGUUCUGACCUCUUCGACUAUGUCAAAAGCAAAGGAGGUUUUCUGGAGGAGAAAGAGGCCAAGGUGGGGUUGAGUGAACCAUUUGGUUGGGUGGACAUGGUGCAUGUACUCCCCCAUGGGGUCACACUGCUGUGUACAGGUCCUUAUGCCCCUCCAGAGGUCUUCUGGAAGAAUAAAUACAGGGCAUGUCCGACCACCGUGUGGCAGCUGGGCGUGCUGAUGUACGGCCUGCUGGAAGGAAACCAGCUGUUUCUGAUAGAAAAGUUCCUUCAGAAAAACCUCAACAUGGAUUUAAAAGUAUCCAAAAACUGCCAGGAUUUCCUGGACAAAUGUCUGUGUGAAUGUCCAGAGAAGCGAGCUGACUUGGAGCAGCUGAUGCUUCACCCCUGGUUCCAGUGA